AGAUGAUCCAAAGAUCCAGACUGAAGAAGAGCUCCAGCAAAGACUUUCUCUGCAGAUUGAUUUAACCCAAGAUUAACCAGGGAAACUUGAGCAGGUUGGAGAUGAGCUCAGAAGAUCAUUCUACAACAGAGAACAGCUCCAUGCAUCUGGAGACAGGAAGACAAAGUAAUGCCACCAGCUCCCAUUUUGCAACGUAUCACGAAGGGUCGCUUCAUGUCCCUGUCCCAUGUGCUGUAGUGAAUGUGGUCUUCAUCACCAUUUUAAUUGUAGCUCUCAUUGCCUUAUCAGUGGGUCAAUACAAUUGUCCAGGACAAUAUAUUGCCUCAGUGCCAUCAGACAGCCAUGUUUCUCCAUGCCCGGAUGAUUGGAUUGGAUACCAAAGGAAAUGUUACUUUAUUUCCACUAUGACAAGUAGCUGGACCUCAGCCCAAAGCUUUUGUUCUAAACACGGUGCUACUCUUGCACUCAUAGAUUCUGAAAAGGAGAUGGUCUUUCUAAAACGAUAUGUGGGUAGAACUGAACACUGGAUCGGGUUGAAAAAUGAAACUGGUCAUACACGGAAAUGGUCAAAUGGAGAAGAAUUUAACAACUGGUUCAACCUGACGGGGUCUAAAAACUGUGCAUUUCUGAAUAGCACAGAUGUCGUCACUGCAGAAUGCCAAACUCGUUUACACUGGAUAUGUAGUAAACCCUCCAGUUAAUGAAAAAACGUAUCUGCCAUAGACUCUCAUGGAACUAAAGGACAUGAGUGACAGUGGACACUGCUCUAUCAUCAGAAGUUUCCUAGAAGGACUUUGUGGAGGGGGAGGAAACUUUGAAUUUUUUUUAGAAAUCUUCUUCCAAGCAGGACUGUGGAGAAAAAGGAGAGAAAUUCCAGAAAAAAACUGCCUUGUGGAAUACUCCCUCCAUGCUCUGGAAACAGCAAAAGAUGACUGACAACUAGGCCAAUGAAUGACAGCAAUGAAUCUAAUGUUUUUCAGAUGCACUUUAUUUUUUUAAUACAGAAAUAAUAAUAAUUAAAAAAAAAGUUUAAUAUUUAUUGUUGAGGAACUACCAUCAGUGAAUACCCUUCAUGCAUUUGUACUGUAUGAAGGAGUAAGAUGGUGGUAGUAAAAAUAACUGAAUGUAAGCAAAGAGAAUGGUAAUUGCUAGCACAGAUAUUAGCUCAAAAUGCAUUUCUUAAACCCAGAGAACAUGUAAAAGUGAUAAAUGCCUGAGAAAUUAAGCUUUGUAAUAUUUCUUUCUUAGUAGACAUUUGUUAAGUUACUUUGCAACUUUUGUUCCCCAAAAGAGUAGGAUUAUCAUGUAUUUAUUAUGUCUUUUGUUGGUUUUGGGUUUUUUUGUUUGUUUGUUUUACUUCCUCAAUAUACACUGGUCUUUUUCAAUAGUAUUUUUUUUUUUUUUUUGUCUUUAAAACUUUACAUACAGCAUUUUUCCUAGAAAAGACAAAGAAUAAGAGGAAUAUUCAUAAAGUAGAUCAAAGUGUUGGAAAAUGUGCAAUAUAUAAUGUGACAAAUCCCUAUCAGGAAAAAUUCUGUAUUGUUUAAAUGUGGAAUAAUGCCAGUCUUAUCUGAUGAUAAAUGUGUGCCUUCCCUAAUCAGUUCUAUCGUGUGCAAUACUUCAUGUGAAGUAUUUUCUAUGUGCAAUAAAGCAUGUUUACUUGAUUGAAUUUUGUAUUCAGUACAAUUUUAAGCUGCUUUUAGGUAGAUGAAAAUAAAAGUAGAAUCAAAAUGGA